AUUUGCAGAGAUUCAAAUGGAUCCUGCAAAUGGACACAUUAACCACAGAUUCAGGCCUAUUGAUGAAGCUGCUCAGGAUCACAGAGAGAAUCUGAAAACAUCUCUGGAGCCUUUAAAGAAGAAGCUGGAUCUCAGGAAGAAAGCUAUAAAGAAGUUUGAUCAGACCAGCAGGACGCCUGAACAGUGAAGUGAUGGGUGCUUUCCCAAAAGGAAGUUAAAGCUCCGCCCCCAGGAUCUGCUGCCUGAACUGAGACAGGAAACAGGAGACCCCCAGACAAUCAAACUAUCAGCUUCCUGUGAGUGAGUCCAGCUGCAGGAGAGAAAAGGAAACCUCCAACUCUGCUGCUUCCAGCUGCUCACACUGAAGUUUCACUCAGAGACAAAAUGGCUUCCAGGUUAGAGGAGGAUCUCUGCUGUCCCGUCUGUCAGGACGUCUUUAAGGAUCCACUUGCUCUGACAUGCAGCCACAGCUUCUGUAAGGAAUGUCUGGAGAACUGGUGGAAAGAGAAACCAGCAAGAGAGUGUCCAGUUUGUAAGAGGAGAUCUUCAAGGUCUGAUCCACCUUUAAAUCUGGUUCUGAAGAACCUGUGUGAGACUUUCUUACAGCAGAGAGACCAGAGAGUUUCAGAAGAUCUCUGCUGUCCAGUGUGCAAAAAAGUCUUUAAGGAUCCUGUUGUUUUAUUGUGCAGCCACAGCUUAUGUAAGGAAUGUCUGAAGAGCUUCUGGAGAGAGAAACCAUCAAGAGAGUGUCCAGUUUGUAAGAGGAAAUCUCCAAAGGCUAAUCCGCCCAUAAGUCUGGUUCUCAGGAAUCUGUGUGAGACUUUCUUACAGCAGAAUAAUAAGAAACUUUUAGAGGGUAUCUGCAGUCUGCACUCAAAGAAACUCAAACUCUUCUGUCUGAACCAUCAAGAACUAAUUUGCUCAAUUUGUAGAGAUUCAAAGAAACACACCAACCACAGAUUCAGGCCUAUUGAUGAAGCUGCUCAGGAUCACAGAGAGAAUCUGAAAACAUCUCUGGAGCCUUUAAAGAAGAAGCUGGAGCUCAGGAAGAAAGUUCAGGAGGAGUUUGGUCAGACAGCAGAACACCUGAAGGUCCAGGCCCGACACACUGAGAGGCAGAUUGUUGAGCAGUUUAAGAAGCUUCAUCAGUUUCUAGCAGAGGAAGAGGAGGCCAGGCUGGCUGCACUGAGGGAGGAAGAGGAGCAGAAGAGAGGGAUGAUGGAGGAGAAGAUGGAGGCUCUGAGCAGAGAGAUAGCAGCUCUUUCAGACACAGUCAGAGCCACAGAGGAGGAGCUGAGAGCUGCAGACGUCUCAUUCCUGCACAACUACAAGGCUGCAGUGGAAAGAGUCCAGCGCUGCCCCCUGCUGGAGGAUCCACAGCUGCCCUCAGGAGCUCUGAUAGACCAGGCCAAACAUCUGGGCAACCUGGCCUUCAACAUCUGGAGCAACAUGAAGGACAUGGUGACCUACACUCCUCUGGUUCUGGACCCAAACACAGUCCAUCCAGGACUCCUCCUGUCUGGAGAUCUGACCAGUUUGACUCCAGGAGAGAGACAGAAGCUUCCUGAUAAUCCAGAGAGGUUUGGUUGUGAUUGGUCAGUCCUGAGCUCUGAGGGUUUUAACUCAGGGAGCCACAGCUGGGAUGUUGAUGUUGGAGACAGUGAAGGAUGGAUGCUUGGUGUGUUAGCAGAGUCUGUCCAGAGGAAGGGACAUUUAGAGUCUGGACUGUUGGUCAUGUUGUUCAUUGAUGGUGAAUACGAAGCAUAUUCUCCACCAGCUCCUCCCACAUUUCUCUCAGUCCAGAAUAAACUCCAGAGGAUCAGAGUGAAUCUGGACUGGGAAGGAGGAAAGCUGUCGUUCUCUGAUCUGGAUACUAACACACACAUACACACCUUCACACACACCUUCACUGACAAGAUGUUCCCAUAUUUCAGCACUGCUGAAGUAAAACUCUUACCGAUGGAGAUCUCAGUGAUCAAACAGCAGCUCUGAGGUUUUCAGCAUGAAGAACCAAAAGUCCAAAUGAUUCCAGUUGGAAAUUAUUUCUGUAAAUAUGUGUCUCCCUUUUCUGUCACAAUGAGUCGGGUUAUGCAGAAUCCAGACCUGAAUGUUGAAUGUUUGUGAUUUUCUAUUAAAUCUGGAUUAUGACUCCUCAACAAUAUGAAGGACAAUA